CCAGGGAGAAGAAGAUGGUGCUCAUCAAGGAAUACCGUGUGGUCUUACCAUGCUCAGUAGAGGAGUACCAAGUAGGGCAGCUGUACUCUGUGGCAGAGGCCAGUAAGAAUGAGACAGGCGGGGGAGAGGGCAUUGAGGUGCUGACGAAUGAACCGUACGAGAAGGAGGGCGAAAAGGGACAAUACACACACAAAAUCUAUCACUUAAAGAGUAAAGUGCCGGGUUUUGUGAAGAUGAUCGCGCCGGAGGGAGCUUUAGUUUUCCACGAGAAGGCCUGGAACGCGUAUCCGUACUGUCGCACAAUUGUGACGAACGAGUAUAUGAAAGACGACUUCUUCAUUAAAAUAGAAACAUGGCAUAAACCAGACAUGGGAACAGUAGAAAAUGUACACGAGCUGGAUCCAGAGACCUGGAAGACUGUGGAGGUGGUGCCUAUUGACAUUGCAGACAAAUCUCAAGUGGACCCUGGAGACUAUAAACCAGAGGAGGACCCUGCUCUGUUUCACUCAGAGAAGACGGGAAGAGGCCCUCUGGGGCCCGACUGGAAGAAAGAGCUCCUGGCGAAGACAGACGUUCCGCGCAUGUGUGCGUACAAACUGGUCACGGUCAAGUUCAAAUGGUGGGGUCUGCAGAGCAAAAUAGAGAACUUCAUCCACAGGCAAGAGAAGAGAAUCUUUACCAACUUCCAUCGCCAGCUCUUCUGUUGGAUCGACGGUUGGAUAGAACUGACGAUGGAGGACAUCCGGCGGAUGGAGGAAGAGACACAGAAGGAACUGGAGGAGAUGCGGCAGAAGGGCUCCGUUCGCGGCACGACGGCGGCAGAUGAGUAGCCGUUCCCCGUGUAGUAAAGAGAAAGAGACAGGCUGACUUCGUAAAACAGGUCAGGUUCGAGGAACCAGCGCCGCUCACGAAAAAUGAGUUUGUUUUUUUUU